GAGAAACCGACCAGUCCACACCUCCAAGGCGAAACUGUCGGUUUACCUAUUUAGUACCUAAUUAUACUUGUGUAUUGUGAUCUGUAACAAUAAAUCCUUGUUAUACCUACAUUAAGUUAUUAUUGAUACAAUAUCGUGAUGGACCCCGUACCACCGAAUUUAGAAGAAGACAGCUCUAUCGCUCAGCCACCGCUGCCGCCGUCAUCAGAAGUGGGAUCUGAAUCCCACUGGCGCACAAUGUUCGAGAUUCAGCAGAGAAAUAUGAUGCAAUUGAUUGAAGCUAUUCGAACACCAGUAUCGUCACCGAAGAUUUCUCUGCCGGAAUUCAACCCAGAGCAACCAGAUGCUGAUCCACGUGCUUGGUGUGCUACGAUUGAUAUCUGCGUUAAUGAACGUCCACUGGAAGGUGCAUCGCUCAUCAUAGCUCUCAGUAAGGCACUGAAGGGCAGCGCCUCGUCGUGGCUGUCACAAAUCUCCCAUGCGGCGGAUACAUAGCGUCCAACUGUCAUCGUGGUAACGCGGGCGCAAGCUCGCGCGACUCCGCCUCAGUGGGCCGUGCUGGCUAUAGCAGUGGAAGCGGAGCUGUAGCGGAGCGACGCGCGGAUGUCUGUACAGUGGCAGGCGUUUGUGGAAAUUUACAACAGUCCG